CCUUACACCUACCAUCCGACGUCACGUAGGAGCAAUCGAGUGUCGAGUCCUCGAUGGGACCAGCCCCUCCCCUGCCAUUUUACACUCGCGAGUAAACGGCGCGGCGCGGCGCCUACCCGCCUGGGUGAGCGCGGCCCCCCUGAGCGGCGGGCGGCAGCGCUGGAGCCUGCAGGCGCAGGGAGCGGGGCUGCUGGGGGCUGCAGGGCGUGACGCCGCUGUCUCACUCGCAGGCCCCGGGCCGAGCCGAGCGGGAAGGAGCCAUGGAGCCCGGCGGUGGGCGGAAGGAGAAACCCAAACCCAAGGAGCCCGUCAGCCGCCUGGAGAAGGCCAAGCAGAAAUCGGCCCAGCAGGAGCUGAAGCAGAGACAGCGGGCGGAGAUCUACGCCCUGAACAGAGUGAUGACGGAGCUUGAACAGCAGCAGUUCGAUGCCUUCUGCAAGCAGAUGCAGGCUUCUGGAGAAUGAGACCCUCUGUCUGCCAUCCCAGGAUUGCCAGUGGCAUUUUAGACCAGGAAACAACAUGGAUAAGUGAUGGUCAGAGUUCAGUGUUCCCAGGCAUCUUUCUGCUGACCGUGGGUAAUAGUAAAAGAACCGUACAGAACUGCACACUUGCAGAUAUAGAGGGGGUAGGAUCACUUGUACGGCAUGAACCUUGCUCCACUUGCCCUUCAUUGUAACUGCCUCUGACCCAUUCCCAGCAGCAGUGCAGAAUCCUCUGGUUCAUCCUUGUUAAGAUGGCACAUUUUUCAUUUUUUUUAACACUGUCCUUCUUAAAGGUAUUUAUUACUUUGAUUUGACAAAUAAACGUUUUUUAAAUAAAAA